AGGCCGCGCGUCACCCCGCUGCCCGCCCGGCCGCCCCAACGCCGCCCCCACCCGGCCUCCCUGGCCGGCUUCGCCUCCGCGUCCGGAGCGCUCCUCCAGGGGCGCGAUGCCCAGGAAGCAGUGACCGGAGGGAAACAGAUCGCGGGCGGCGGGAACUGCUGCCAUGUCCCACCAAGCUCUCAGCUGCCUGACUGAAAAGGGGGACAGCCCUGGGGAGACCACAGGGAAUGGACCCCCCAGUCUGGCUCACCCCAACCUGGACACGUUCACCCCAGAGGAGCUGCUGCAGCAGAUGAAAGAGCUCCUGGCUGAGAACCACCAGUUGAAAGAAGCCAUGAAGCUAAACAAUCAAGCUAUGAAAGGGCGAUUUGAGGAGCUCUCAGCCUGGACAGAGAGACAGAAGGAAGAACGCCAGUUUUUCGAGAUGCAGAGCAAAGAAGCCAAAGAGCGCCUGAUGGCCUUGAGUCAUGAAAAUGAAAAAUUGAAGGACGAGCUUGAAAAGCUAAGAGGGGAAUCCCGAAGAUCAUUAGAGGACCUGGCUGGUGCCACGUGGCCUCCCAGGGUGGAAGCAGAGCAGGCGGUAGAGCAGCUGAAAGCAAAGGUGGCUCGGCUCCAGAACGAAAAGGCGGACCUGCUGGGCAUUGUCUCCGAGCUGCAGCUCAAGCUCAACGCCAGUGGCUCCUGCGACGACUCCUUUGUAGAAAUUCGGAUGGCCGAAGAAGCUGAAGGGGCAAUGAAAGAAAUCAAGAACAGCUGUCCUACCCUCCCAAGAACGGACUCCCCUGACGCGAGAAAAUCUGUGGAAGGCACCAGAAAGUAUUUGGAAUUUGAAUUGGAAUUAACUGUGAGCCAGCUCCUGCUUUGCCUGAGGGAAGAAAACCAGAAAGUGGAGAGACUUAAAAUUGUGCUCAAAGAAGCCAAAGAAAGAAUUUCAGAGUUUGAAAAGAAAGCAAAUGAUCACUCUGAGAUUGAGACCCAGACAGAGGUGAACACAGAAAAAGAGAAUGAAGAAGAGAAAGACACAGAGACCAUUGGAAGUGAAGUGGAAACAUUGAACCUUCAGGUGACGUCCCUAUUUAAGGAGCUUCAGGAGGCUCAUACAAAACUCAGUGAAGCUGAGCUAAUGAAGAAGAGACUUCAAGAAAAGUGCCAGGCCCUUGAAAGGAAAAAUUCUGCAACUCCAUCAGAGUUGACUGAAAAGCAAGAGCUGGUGUAUAAUAAUAAGAAGUUAGAGCUCCAAGUCGAGAGCAUGCAGUCAGAAAUCAAGAUGGAGCAAGUGAAAACAGAAGAAGAAAAGUCCAAGUUAGCCAUUCUGCAGUUAACACACAACAAGCUUCUUCAAGAACAUAAUAAUGCAUUGAAGACAAUUGAGGAACUAACAAGGAAAGAGUCAGAAAAGGUGGACAAGGCAGUGCUGUGGGAACUAAAUGAAAAACUAGAGCUGGCAGAGAGGGCCCUGGCCUCCAAGCAGCUUCAGAUGGAUGAGAUGAAGCAGAUCAUUGCCAAGCAGGAAGAGGACCUGGACACCAUGGCAGUGCUUAGGGCUCAGAUGGAGGUUUACUGUUCUGAUUUUCAUGCUGAAAGAGCAGCAAGAGAGAAGAUUCAUGAAGAAAAGGAGGAACUGGCAUUGCAGCUCGCAAUUUUGCUGAGAGAGAACAACGCUUUUGAAGAUGAUGGCAGCAGGCAGUCCCUGAUGGAAAUGCAGAGCCGGCAUGGGGCGAGAACUGGUGACCCUGACCAGCAGGCCGACCUUCUUCAAAGAGGAGCUGACAACAGGAACUGGCAGGAACAGCAGCCCCGGAGCAUUCCGAUCCACUCUUGCCCCAAGUGUGGGGAGGUCCUGCCUGACAUAGACACCUUACAGAUCCAUGUCAUGGACUGCAUCAUUUAAGCGUUAGUGUGUCAUCUCCCCACACUCUUGGUAAAUGUCAGGUUUCUUCCUCCAAGACCUGUACUUUUGUCUUGUUUUCCCUCAAAUAUUUUGCCUCAUUAUGCUUGUUUUAGAAGAAAGAAAGUGCAUCUAUUCUAAAAAAGAAAACUUCGUGGAUUUCCCAUGAAAUCACCAAAUAGAAUACUUCAUUACCACCCUUGGGAAUCUGAAUUCCCUGGUUUCUGUGUUGUUUGUGCAAGCAGCUGCACUGUUCAUGUGGUUCCUCAGGAUGGGACAUCAUGACAGAGCCUACAGAAUUAGAUGCCAGAAGCUUCUCUGAUCAAUUUUUGGUUUUGGUUUUGUUUUCUUUUGUGUUUUGAGACAAGGUCUCACUCUGUAGUUCAGGCUGGUGUUGAACUCACUGUGUACCCCAGCCUGGCCUUGAACUUGUGGUGAUCCUCCUGCCUCAGCCCCCAGAGUGCUGGCAUUACAGGCCUGCACCUCUACAUCCAGCUCUACUGAUCGAUUUUAAGGACCUUUUGUGAAGGGGGAAAAUGAAGUAGUCACAGAUUUAAUCAGGAAAGAACAUCUUUGAAGCAUUUCUAAGUAAAUUAUAUUACUGCUUUCCUUCAUCUAUUUAAAAUGGAUUUUGGGGGGGUUGUGUGUUUGUGUGUAUGUUGUAGGUUUAUUGCAGCCACAGUAAUUGUUCCGAAGUUACAUGUCUCUUUUCAUCUGACCACUUGAGCUUUCAGUUAAUAUUAGGACAUGUGAAAAACAUUACUGGCAUACAUGACACUAAGCUCACUAAAUUUCUUAUAACCAUU